AUGGAGAUACGUGACAGUCUUUGUGACCUGGGCCGAAUGGAGAUUCCAAGACCUCAGUUCAACGGCAUGCAAUUUGUCGCAACUCGAGGCAAACUUGGGUUUUAUAAGACCAUACGUGAAAAUGGAGGUAAGUAUGGGAUCCAGGUGAAACCACAAGGACCGCGUCGACCCGCUCUGAGUAGCGAUGUCUACGUGAAGUAA